CUUGCGGUGUGACCUACCUACCGGCGUUCGUUGACCUUUCAGGGACAUGCCUGACGUGGCCUUGCCGUAUUUUCGCAGAGUCAUCUUCCAUUCUAUCGUUUGUUUUGUGCCCUGAUUUGCCCAACGAUACUGGUCCUGCCAUCUAUCACAGCUGUGUUGUCUGGCCAGGUUUCUCUUCUGCAAUAUCCAAUUCCAAAUGUCGCGUCAACGUGCCAGUCAUCCGAUGCAAACACGCAGUCGUAGAUUUGAAGACGUUUCCUUGGACGAAAAUUCCGAGAAAGUCCUCAUAGAUGGAAGAAAAAAUGAUGGAAGAUUAGAAGAGAAUCACAUCGAUGCUUCGGACUCGGACAGCGAUAUGUUGGAUCAUAACGGGAAACCUGACCUAACAGGGGACAGGCACAACAUCGCCCUCUUGCUGCUUUUGUACAUACUGCAGGGGAUACCUCUCGGGCUUGCCGGCUCAGUCCCCAUGUUGUUGCAAAGUCGACACGUAAGCUACCACCAGCAGGCUGUGUUUAGCUUUGUUUUCUGGCCAUUCAGCGUCAAGUUAGUAUGGGCACCGAUCGUGGAUGCAAUAUACUCCAAACGAAUGGGAAGAAGGAAGACCUGGAUGGUGCCCUCCCAGUACUUGAUUGGAAUUUUCAUGUUAUUUCUUUCAACCAAAGUUGACUAUCUCCUAGGAGAUGUGGAAGACAAUUCACCCGAUGUCAGGACAUUGACAUUCUUCUUCUUCAUGUUGAACUUCUUGGCUGCCACGCAGGACAUAGCUGUGGACGGCUGGGCAUUGACAAUGCUAUCUAGGAGAAAUGUGGGUUGGGCAUCAACGUGCAAUAGCGUUGGACAGACCGCAGGAUAUUUCUUGGGUUUUGUGCUGUUCCUUGCCUUGGAGUCUGCUGACUUCUGCAACAAGUACCUACGCAGUGAACCUCAGACAGAGGGCAUUAUGACUCUUGCAGGUUUUCUGUAUUUCUGGGGAAUAGUUUUCCUGGUCACCACCACCUUAGUCUGGAUCUUCAAGCGGGAACGCGAGCCGCGGCCCAGCGAGGUACCAGACGAUCAGCGCAGUAUCGUGUCCACGUACAUGCACCUGUGGGACGUGGUGAGGCUACCUGCAGUCAAGGCUUACAUCAUCAUCCUCCUCACUCACAAGAUGGGCUUUGCAGCAACAGAUGCUGUGACCAGACUGAAGCUGAUAGAAAAAGGAGUCCAGACAGAGAACCUUGCCCUCCUGGCUGUUCCACUCACUCCUAUCCAGAUCCUGCUCCCCCUAGUGAUCAGCCGCUAUACUGCAGGCCCACGGCCCAUGGACACAUUUCUAAAGGCUAUGCCCCUGAGGUUAUUAAUGGGGGUAGAGCUGGCUGCAAUGGUGUUCCUGACUCCAUACUUCAAGAACGACGAUGGCUCCUUCCCUCUCUACUACUAUGCCAUGAUUCUUGUCAGCUAUUCUCUGCAUCAGGUGACCCUGUACAGUAUGUUUGUAGCCAGCAUGGCGUUCCACGCCCAGAUCAGUGACCCCGUGAUUGGCGGGACAUACAUGACUCUGCUCAACACGCUCAGCAACCUGGGCGGGAACUGGCUCUCCACGCUCGCUCUGUGGUUGGUGGACGACAUCACAUGGUCUUCGUGUGAAGGUGUGGAGGGGCUAACGUGUGGGAGUGCAGAUAUGGACAAGGCAUGUGAGACAGCGGGUGGAACCUGUGUUACCUGGAUAGACGGUUACUACCUGGAGACAGCAGCAUGCCUGGUCAUCGGGCUGGUCUGGCUGAAGUUACGGGCCAACACUGUGAAAGAACUGCAGAGCAAGGAGCUGUCAGCCUGGUCAGCAUCAUCCUAGUGCCAAAUCAUUUUUUACUGCCAAUGUAAAUAUAAACUUUUAAUGUAAAUUCACAAAGUAGUUCCACAACAAUCACAUAAAAUCUUACUGCCAGCAUUAAAACUGCCAGUGUAACAGGGCAGUUGUAAUGUUCAGUUCUCAUAGGCCUAAAUGGCAUAGGGAGGAUCAAAUAACAACAGAUACAAUGUAUUGUUGACUGUGUAAUAUGUCUAUUGUAGUAGUAGUUGUAGUAAGUAGUUUGGUGUUGGUAUCCUUCCGUCUAAGGAGAUAUAAUGUUGUCAUGGCCGUGGGCAGUGUCUUGUGUGACUUUUCAGUCCAAUGAUAGUGUGGCAAUCCCGGCCACAGGUUGGACAUGUGAAGGUAGAAAGGUUUUGGGGUUGUUGUUUCUCUCUUUUCAUUUCUGUCUCUUUGCCUUAAACUGCUUGUUGUGUUUUGUCUGUUCUUGGUCUAUUCUUUGCUAGACCAAUUUUGGCACAUAACACCAUUUACUGCAGUAUGCUGCAAGCUACGCCUAUCUGCCUGGGACUACAUGUAUAUUUUGUAUGUUACAUUGCGCAUGUAGCUCUGUCAGUACCCAUGAAAAAGUGAAUUAAAAAAAAGUGAUCCUGAAUACACCUUUACUAAUCAUUUUUAGCUGCAUAUAUGUUUGACUGUGGUUAAUUAGCUGCUACCAUACCUUGUGGUAAUCGGAUAGCACCCAGGCUACCCAGGCUACUUACUCGUAGGAAUUGUGGUGUCAAUAGGCUAGCACAGCAGGGAGGAUAAUAAGGGUCUCUGAAACAAAAACUAUUUAGAAAGGACUUAUUCCUCUUCUUCUUUAAUUACUGCUUAGCGCCCAUUACAGGGAUUAUUAGCAUUGUGCAUGGUGUAUGUAACAAGUUAAGUUGUUCUGCUGGUAUAAUCUGUCCCCAAACCACACACCUUAGUCACACAGACUAUCUGUGACACUCACCCGGUCAGCCCUCUUAUAAUAGUACAUUUCAAAAUCACAUUCCUGUUUGUCAAAGCACUGAGCUUACUGCUUACCAGUCCCUAUACCGGAAGUGGUCAUGGGGGCUCUGCUAUUGAGCACACUGCCUCCCUCCAUCGCUCCCUGUCAUGUGCUUGUGUGUGAUCGUUGCUGGCAAGGUGCAGUCCAGUCAUGUUGUCAUCCCAUUUUUUUCUUUGUCUGCGGACACUGCAUAAUUCAGAUGGGGGCCUAGGGCCACCGUUGCCUUAAUAAAAUAGUUUACAUCUUGAUCGUUAAAGAUUGAUGAAUAAUUUUUUCCUGUUAAAAAAGAUGCUUGCAAUGAUUUGAUUUUGCAAUGAUUCUCCAAAAGCAAUGCCAUAUGGAUAUAAUCAGUUUGAUUAAGCAUGUAUAUUACGGACUAUUUGUUUGCUGUUACAUAUGCAUUAAAGAUAGAGAUGUUGAUGUUAGUCAAAAUGCAAAUCUUAAUAAGACAGAUAAAUAUAUAUGUCCAUUAUUAUUUUUGUAUUCAUAAUAGGUACAAAAGUAUUUUGUACUUAUAUAGUUCUAUUCAUUUGUGAUGUAUAUAGAUGAAACAUUGCAAAGGAAUUAGGCCAAAAAGUUCAUUUUUGGCUUCAGAUUCCUAUGCAAAUUGAUUAUGUAAUUCAUGUGAUAAUUCAUGUGAUAAAAAUGGUUAAAAAUGUCUUGAUUUAUGUAAAAUAGUGGUUAAAGAAAAAUCUACCUGAAUGUAUUUCAACCUAACAUUUCUGAUUAAAAUGUCUUUACCAACAUUUUCUUUUUCCAGUUGUUCUUUGUGCUUUAAACUCAAUUACCUUUAUUUUGAAAGAACAAAAAUUCUAGUUUGUUUAUUAACCUGCACUUCACCUUUGUAAAAGAUAACUGUGGUGAAAACAGAGAAGUCAUAUUGAAUUCAUUAUUUUUAUUUAAUUCAUUUAUCAAAUUCUUUACAUGUAUGUCUUCCAUAUACAAGGCAUGAAUGUGACCUUUCCCCAUCCUAAUCAUCAAUCUCUACAGAGGUUCUUAGAAAACUCUUCGUAUUAGUAUAUCCCCACAUUAACAUUUUAUACACUAAAUUACUUUGUUACAAUGGGUAUGAGCUGAAUGUAACAAAUUACAGUUGCUACAUGGACUGUUUCAUUUGCAUUUAAGAUUGUUACACUCAGUUAACGUUUCAAAGUAUAUGAAAAUUUAUGUACAAAAUUUAUAAGUUAAUUUAUGCACUCUAGUUAGAUGGUUAGAGUGUAUGGCAAAGUACUUUCAUCUCAAGUUUAAAACAUUGGCUAAUUCAUGGAGCUCUGCAAAAUCGAGCUGGGAUGUAGUAUAGUUAACAUCUUUGCUGUUUACAAAUAUUAUAUUUCCUGGUAUAUAAGACUCUAACUACCAAAGUUUACCAAAAAGUAUACACGUAUAUCAAUCUGCACUGAUACAUGUACUUAGUGAAUUGUCUUUCAUACAAUUGUCUUUCAUGUUUCUGUGCUAUGUAUCAUGACCAUUGAAUAGAUCAUAAUUCAAAAUGUUCCAUUUCUGUUUUAGUGAAACAUACAAUCUUUUUCCUCAUAAUAACAUCUUUGACUAUAAUAUUAGCAUUAAACAUUGCUCCUUUAGGAAUGGGUAAAAACAUGACAAUUGUCAAUUGUAAUUUAAGAUUUACCUU